AUGGUACGCGACGCGACCAGCCAAACACAGCAGAAGGGUUGGGUGUCAUGGCAGUGCACUGUGUGUGUGUCGCAUUGCGUGGUGGUGUGUGUAGGGUGAGAAGGACAGCCGGGAGGAGAUCAUGAAGGUGUUCAAACUAUUCGAUGACGACGACACGGGUACAGUACACACGAGGCAUUCGCACACCGAACACACAAGAACACACACAAGCAUACCACGCUGGCUGUAUGUGGGUCAUCAUGACCAUGCAGGCAAGAUAAGUUUCCGCAACUUGAAGCGCGUUGCUGCUGAGUUGGGCGAGACGUUGAUGGACGAGGAGUUGCAGGAGAUGAUCGACGAGGCCGACAGGGACGGAGAUGGACUCAUCAACCCAGACGAAUUCCAACGGUAGGUACAUGCAGGCAACCAUCACACUCACACACAGACAUGGACAUAAGGUCAGGUCACCACACAUCCCUCUGUGCGUGUGUGUGUGUCUGUGUGAUCGAUCAACCAGGGUGAUGCGGCGCCGCGGCGAUGGCCCGCUGAACGACUUCGAUAGCGAUGAGGACUAGGGGAGGGAGGGAGGGAGGGAGGGACGGAGGGAGGGACGGAGGGACGGAGAAGGGCAGUGCUGACACACAUGGGCACUGCACACAUAGAUGAGCUGACAUGGAUCAAUCGAUGUCGGCUUGGUGACCGCAGGAGCCAAUCGACUUACACGCCUGCAUUCAUUUUUGUACAGCAGUGGCUUUGCUUUCGAUUCUAUUUUCUUGGGGUUGCUGACUUGGCUGUGUGUGACACCAGCAGACCAGUGGCUGGCUAGUGUCUGUGAUGUGAUGUGUGGACAGGUGGGUGAUGCCUGCCUGGCCGAGAGCUGUGCGUGUGAAUAUGUGCGUGGAGCCUUCCUUCCUUUCUCAUGUCUGUCUGCAUGUGAUGUGCGUGUGUUGACACUUGCUGUGAUGACUGACUGACUGCCUGUCUACACGUACGUACGGUACACAGUGAUGAUUUAAUGGAAUGGACGGUAUCAGUCAAUCACGUGUAUGUGCAUUCAGGUGUCCAUCCAUCCAUCAGCCUCAAGAGCCUAUCUACACACACGACACGACACGGCCCCCCCAUGAACACCCCGUUGCACCCCCACUCACCCCUGCACACACUGGUUGUCUCUCUCUCUCUCUCCCUCUCUCUCUCUCUCUCUCUCUGUGUGUGUGUGUGUGUGUGUGUGCGUGUGUGUGUGUGUCACUCAUGCGAAGGCGAGGUUGGAAGGGCCAAGCCUGAGCAAAGUGUGCAUGGUGUGUGUGUCUAUGUGCGCUGCUUGGGUGUCGUGAAAGGCUUCUUUUCCCUGGCAAGACAACAUGGUGUGUACGGUGGGAGAGAGGAUAUACUGACGAAUACAGAUACGCAGCGGGAACCGUUCACCAUCGUGUAUGACUG